AUAUGAGCUCUCUCCAUUACCAAACUAAGAUGGCUUCCCAGCAUUUCCUAUCCUCCAUAUGUCUCCUCCUUCUCAUCACGUUGAACUCCUUCCCAUUGGAGGCAUUUGCAGAUAAACCAUCAACGAAGCUGUAUAUUGUGUACCUCGGAGAGAGACGACAUGAAGAUCCAGACCUUGUGACUGCGUCGCACCAUGAUUUGUUGUCUUCACUGCUGGGGAGCAUGGAGGAAGCUAUGAAUUCUAUUGUCUACAGCUACAGACAUGGCUUUUCGGGUUUUGCGGCCAUGCUCACAGAAUCUCUAGCGGACCAAAUCGCAGAAUUGCCGGAAGUGAUCAGUGUCAAGCCAAGCCGCAGCGUUCCCAUACAUACUACGCGAAGCUGGGAAUUCCUCGGCCUGAAUUAUAACCAACACCAACCCACAGGCCUCCUUCGGCAAAGCAACUUCGGAGAUGGAGUCAUCAUUGGUUUUGUAGACACAGGCAUUUGGCCGGAAUCCAGAAGCUUCGACGACCAUGGUUAUGGCCCCGUGCCAUCUCGUUGGAAAGGAAUAUGCCAAACAGGCGAACUGUUCAGCAUCCACAGCUGCAACCGAAAGAUCAUCGGCGCAAGAUGGUAUGCCGGAGGCAUCGACCCUUCGCUGCUGGCGGGAGAGUACAAAUCUCCCCGAGACUCCCAAGGCCACGGGACGCACACGGCUUCCACCGCAGCAGGCUCGUUCGUGAGUAAUGUGAGUUUCCAUGGUCUGGGUUCCGGCACCGCGAGAGGAGGAGCUCCUCGCGCUCGGCUAGCAAUCUACAAGGCGUGCUGGGUCGGUGUAGGGUGUCUCGACGCCACUGUGCUGAAGGCGAUAGAUGACGCUAUACAUGAUGGUGUGGACAUCUUGUCGCUGUCCCUCGGUGGGCAGCUUAACCCAUACUAUGCUUCUAUACACGCGGCAGCAAAGGGGAUACCGGUGGUCUUCGCCGGCGGCAACGAUGGCCCCGUCCCUCAGACCAUUGCUAAUGACCUCCCGUGGGUGAUCACCGUCGCAGCCAGCAGCAUCGAUCGCUCUUUUCCUACCGCCCUAACCUUCGGAGACAAUCAAGCUUCGGGACAAUCUUUGUUCUACGGAUCUAAGCAUGACGGAUCCAUAGAGCUGAUGGAUGGUGGGAGUUGCUCGGCGGAGUCCAUAAACUGCACGAAUGUAGCAGGAAAGAUUGUAUUGUGCGAUGAUGGCGAGCCUCCUGCCCGCGCUGUCGCUGCCGAUGGCUACCUCCAGGACGUGGCAAAGAGGCUGAACGAAGCCAAAGCAGCGGGUGUUAUCGUCGCACGACCCCCACUCGGCCUCCUCUCAACUUGCCAAGUUUUGUGUGUCAAUGUAGAUAGAGGAAGACGCGCGAUAAUAUUGGCAUACGUGGCGAGCUCCAGUUCCCCAGUGGUGAGGGUGAGCCCGGCAUCCAACAUUUUGGGGAGCGAAGUGAUGGCGCCCAGGGUGGCAGCUUUCUCCUCCAGAGGGCCGAGCGUACUGUUCCCCGAACUAAUUAAGCCUGACAUCACAGCUCCGGGAGCUACUAUAUUGGCAGCGGUGAGAGAUUCGUACGAAUUCCUGUCCGGUACUUCAAUGGCUUGUCCUCAUGUAUCUGGAGUUGCAGCUCUUCUCAAAGCAGUGCAUCCCCAUUGGUCUCCUGCCGCUAUCAAAUCCGCACUCGUAACAACUGCUCGCACAACUACCGCGAACGGCUUCCCAAUAGAAGCAAACGGCGGUGUGCGGAAGCUGGCCGAUCCUUUCGACUUCGGCGGAGGUCAAAUCGAUCCCAACAGAGCCUCAGAUCCUGGGCUUAUUUACGAUGUCGAUCCUAAAGAUUACUUCAAGUACUUCCACUGCAGCGAUGACGCAUUGGGCUCUUGUGACUUGGUGGACCACCAUCUGUAUCACCUGAAUCUGCCCUCCAUCUCCAUUCCCGACCUGAAGACCUGCGUGACGGUGUUCAGAACCGUCACCAAUGUGGGCGACACGAAUUCCACUUACAUGGCGGUGGUGAAGUCUCCUUCAGGCGUUAAAGUGACCGUCGAGCCUUCUCUUCUCCAGUUUAAUUGUACCCAGAAGGUGCACACCUUUAUGGUCGAGUUCACAUCGCUUCAGAUGGUGCAAGGGGGCUUCACGUUCGGAAGCUUGACGUGGGUUGAUGGUGGGAAGCACUCGGUAAGAAUUCCUCUUGCAGUUCGGGUGAUCGUUCAAGAUGAGUUCUCAGAUACCUCCUAAGAUAUGUCUUUGGAUUGGAUGCCUUUUAAGGCACGUAAGAGUGUGAUAGUAUGGAGCCCAGUUAUGUCUUGUCGUGUCAAGCAGCUUGUGCUCUCUUUCUAUCUUCAAAAUAAACGUGCACUUAGAUGCAUGAGGAAUAAAAGCAAAUCCAUCCUAUUUAUGUCC